AUGAGUGAUCUGCCAAAGCGACUUCUGAUAUCGGUCAAGCAAACCACUCAGCUCACUAUCGACACGCCUCAGUCCUGAGCUGACGCCGCUGUUUUCUCCCUUUGCCAAGCUCGCACCACCCGGUGAUACUCAAACUGAAAAAGGAAGAGGGAGCAUCAGGUCGGAUAGACGAAGCGAUUAAGCAAUAGAGAAACACACAGGUCCGUUCACAUCGGUCUGUGUGUGUGUGUGUGGUUCAGGCACUGCCUCUGCGAGAGAUCUGUUGCGCUGUGGAUGGAGGCCGAGUUGGCCGCUCGCCAGUUCAGCGCCCAUGCGAUUCUCAAUGAGCUGCACGUGCCCGUGACGGCCAUCGGUGACGCCAUCAGCCAGCUGCACGCACAGAUCCGCCAGGCUGACGAGGACGCCCAGCGAGAGCGGCAGCACCACGGCGCAUCGGACCCCUCGGCGGCCUCGCCUGACGACACUUUGCUGCUGAAUGUGGGCGGCCAUCUGAUGAGCGUCAGGCGGCACCACAUGACUCAGGGAGAGGGGGUGGAGGGCACUCGGCUGGCGGCCCUCUUCGGGGGCUGCUGGGAGGACCGACUCGUCAAGGACGACAGCCAGCGGGUGUUCGUCGACAUCUGCCCAAAGGCCUUCAAGGCCAUCCACAAGGCCAUCCUCAAUGCGGAGACCCUUCGCAGCGCCGGCAAAGCGGCGUCGGUCGGCCAUCUGCUCAAUGAAGUGGCCAAGCGCGACAAGGGUGAGGGCAAUGAAGGCGAUGACACAGUCUUCUUGUGUCGUCAUUCCGUCUUUGGCUGUCUGUGUGGUGUGUGUGUCGCAGGCCGCCACGGCUUCUGGGUCAAGCUAAUGAUGACGCCUCUCGACAAGGAUGCCACGGAAGCCGCUGAUUCUUCACCUGCCGAUAGUGUGCCCACCGGAUCGCUGACCAACAGCCCCACCGAGGCGGCGGCCGCCCUCAAGGCGAUGGAGGACAUCGUCAAGUCAUUCGCCAACGAGAAGGCCCGGCUAGAGCGGCAGCUGCGGGCCGCCAACACACGACGCGACAAUCUCGACAAAGAGAUUCAGGUGACGACAUGAGCAGAGAGGGAGGGAAAUGUCUAUUGGUCUGAUGGUUGUGGCUGUGUGUGUGUCUCUCAGGCCGUCGAGCCCUUUCUGCUGCCUCUGAGUGGCGGCGAUGCCAUUCGGUCGGUCGAGGUGUGUGGACAGCUCAUCUCGACCACUCAGUCCACUGUGGACGAAAUGGGCGACAUCGCACUCAGCCACCGAUUUGACCUGUGAGCCCAUCACACCAACACACAAACGACACACACUGAUGUGCUUCUCACUGUUUGUGUGCCGUCAGGUGGUCCAGCAGCCGGGCGGUGGAGGUGGUCGAUCGCGACCACAUCGGCCGCAUGGUCGACUACUACCGCAGAAAGCGACUCGGCGCCUCGCCCGCCGACAUGGCCGCCGUGCUGACGAUGGCUGGCGAGACAGAUCAGGAGCCAUUUGACGUCAACGCGGCCAUGUACGGCCUUGUCAGGACCGACACACCCACACCGCAGGCCAGGUAAAGCCCAACAGGGAGCAGACGGCAGCAAUUGGCCAUCUUGGUUCCGUUCUUCUCAGUGUGGCCCCUCGGACCGGCACACUGCCAUCGUCUGGCUGUCGAUAUGAGGUGGUGCAGGAGGGCACCGGCAGAGUGCCCACAGGGGAGGACCGCAUCAAGAUCGACAUCGUCUACUGGCGUGAUGCAUUCGAAGGCCAGGACAAAAGCUGGGAACGCCGUGGCUGGGUGACUGGUGUGUCUGAUCGGCCUGUGUGGUUGCAUGAAGCAUUGCUGUCGAUGCGGACGGGAGAGACUAGGCGAAUCAAAUUGUCACCCACGUAUGUUCAGCUGCGUUUGAUCAGCAUAGAGUAGGAGAGAGUGCACACACACAGGUGGGGGCGGCUGUGUGUCACACUGAUGUGUGUGGUCGGGGGCUCUUCACUCGUUGGCCUGGCUGACUAUGUGUCUGAGAUCUGAGUGGCGAAGAGGAAGUCCCUUGUGAUCUUUGUCAGCCAUAUCUAUGCGUGGAUGUGUCGUGAAUUGUCCAGCGUGUGCAAGGGCAGGGGUGUAUGGGCACACAUUGAGAAGGGCGCAUUUUAAUCUGUGCGUUGAUGUCGGUGUGCAUGUCUAGUCAUGCCGUGAGCUUUAUCGGACCGUGAUGACGCUUUCCGGUGUAGCAUUAGCAUGUUGGCCGCUGACACACACAUCCGGCCAUGAAUGCUCUCCUACCC